UCUCUGCCAUUGGCCAGAAAGGAGAUGGGCGGUUCUAUGACUGGCUGGUGUGGUUAGCGGAAGUUCUGUCUGGUUGUUUCUCUCUGUGUUGUUCGGCGUAUGGAAGAGAGAGGGAAGGUUUGUGCGAGUACGUGGCGCCUGGUUGUAAAACACCUAAGUCUGCUUGCUAAGAUGAUUGAAUUUGAUGAUGGCAAUAAAGGUAUCAAGCCUGCUUCCUAUGAAAGAAUAGUUCUCAAGAAUGCUUCUGAGUACCACUAUCUAAAGAUUCACUUGGAGCUUCAAGAAGCUGAUGUUAGCCUAAAUGCUGUAGAAUUCAAACAACUUAUUAUCUCUGCUCUGAAACGGCUGCAUGGUGAGGUUGGUGCAACUUUGCCUGUUGAUAUACUGACAUAUGAGGAAAAAACCUUGUCUGCAAUACUUAGAGUACCUAAUGCUGGCCUGGUAAAGCUGUGGAGUGCUCUGACGCUGUUUGGUUCUUAUCAGAACAGAAAGUGUGCAUUUAGGGUGAUGCAGACCUCUCCGUUUCUUCUUGCGUUAGCUGGGAACAGCAGAGAGCUGGUACUGGAUUAAACACACACAGAAGAGGCAACUGACUAAGCUUG